AUGCCUACGCAAGAAGGCCGCAUCACAAAAUCUAAAGCACAACCCAAGACAGGAAGAAAAGAGGCGCGGUCCGUCAGAAAAGACGUGUACUCCGCCAAGUCCAUCUCCGCCGCAGAUCUAGAGGCCUGCCUCGACCUCGUGGAGCUGACCUCCAGCGCGGCGUACGCAGCAUCCACCAGCGGCUGGUCGCGUCCCCGCAAGCGUAAAGAAAUGCUACUGCCAGACAUGAAGUUCCUGAUUGUUCGGGACGCGGGAUGUUUGGCUGGGACGCCUGAGCCUGUGGCCGAUCGGCCGAACGCGUCGGGGACUGCGGACGGGGAAUGGGAGGAUGAAGAUGAGGGGGGCGUCCUGGGGUUUCUGUCUUUUAUGGUUACGUAUGAGGAUGGAAAGGAGGUUGUUUACUGUUACGAGAUUCAUUUGGCGACUGAGGCGCGUGGGAAGGGAAUUGGGGGGCUGUUGAUGAGCACGAUGGAGGGGAUUGGGAGGCUUAUUGGGCUGGAGAAGGCUAUGUUGACGGUUUUCAGGUCUAAUACUGCUGCGCGACAGUUCUAUGAGAAGGGUGGGUACGAGGUGGACGAAUAUUCGCCAAAGCCGCGGCGAUUGCGCAAUGGGACGGUAAAGGAGGCUGAUUAUUUCAUUUUGUCCAAGCAAUUAAAUUGA